GUGACAGUAAGGGGCCGGAUGAGGAGCCGAUUUGCAGAGGUGUGGAGUGUGUGGAUACCACAGUGAUCCACUAGACUGACGUCUCUCCGGUAGCGCAGACGAAGACCGCAGCACGGUUAUUUUACAGACUUCAGUACAGGCAAGCAGUCGACUGUCUCUCCCGCAGAGAUACAGAGAAGGAAAAUAGAACUUCACCAACGACAACGACUGUAGUUUUGCAGCAUGUUCCACCGUCGGCAAUCUCCGUUUAAACAUACUCGCCCAGCAACUGUUUGAUUUUGCUGGUGUCUUGGCAAUUCUUUUUUCUUUUUCUUUGUGGAAACAUUCGCCCUUUUUCCCUUUUUGCGGCUGAUGUAAAAAAGAAAACACCUCUAUAUUGGAAGGAUGUGGACCUCUCAUGAUACUGUUGGAUUUGUUUUCUUAGCCGGGUUUUGUGUGCAAAUCGGAUUCUCCUUUGAAGGUCGCUUCACGGAUCUGCCCUCCAACAUGACGGUUAAAGAAGGACAAAACAUAGAAAUGGCGUGUGCUUUCCAGAGCGGUACCGCGUCGGUGUAUUUGGAGAUCCAGUGGUGGUUCGUGAAAGAGCCGGAACCCACUGACAGCGAGGAGGAGGUCGAUGUGGAAGAGAUGGAGAUGAUACCAGAGCCUGAUCCUGAUGACGAGGGGACAAAAAUAAGUACAGUGAAAGUCCAGGGCAACGACAUCUCACACAAGCUGCAGAUCUCAAGAGUCGGCAAGAGUGACGAAGGACUCUACGAGUGCCGGGUGACACGAGCUAACUACGGAGAGAUUGUGGAGUACAAAGCUCAAGCCUGGCUGAAGGUUAAUGCCACGGCCAGGCCUCGACGACCACUGCUGCCUCCCAAGAAAAGCUCCCCGCUGCACCUCACAGACAAGAAGCCAAGAAAGUCCAACUCACCUCUGGGCCAGGACAGCAUGAGUUCAGACCAGAGAGUGGCCUCCACCUCCACCUCUCACACAUCCUCCAAUACAGCAAAACACAACCCCAGCUCAGGGACAAGAAUAUCAUCCACCUAUGGGCUGGCUGUCCUCCUGGCGUGUGGUUUGGUGAGGGAUGCCUUGUUAUAAUUUCAAGAACUGAAAUGGUUUUCACCCAGAUCUACUCUCUCUCUGUUUGCUCUCAAAGUGAACAAGAAAAUUGUCUGUUCUAUCCCCAUCCCCGCCCUCCCACACACACACACACACACACACACACACACACACACACACACACACACACACACACACACACACACACACACACACACCAUGUGAACAGCACAGCUGGCCCUCAUUUCCCUGCAACUACUGCUCUUGCACCCAGCACAUUGUUAUUAGCCACUGCAAACACCAGUCACCUUUAAACCGGUUGGAUUACCUUUUGUACAGAAGUCGACUCGACACCAUCCGAGGUGCAAUGCUCAGUGUGAAAACGGACUCUGUAUCUUGUUGGAUAACUCUCAUGGAAGACUGACUUUCUUAUGGUUUCGCUGUUCCAGUUCAUGUGUUCAUUGCUCAAAAGUGAACAAGAAAAAAGGAGUAUCUAUAUUUGUGUAAUACAUAUGAUUCUAGAUAUGUCUGUUUUAUUUGAGACACCUAGAAUUAUUGUAUGUGCUGUAUACAUAGCUGAAACUCACCAUAUUGACCACGAAACUGCAUCGUAAAGGCAUUCUGGCCCUCUCAAAGAAAUUACAGAAAAGAAAAGUGAUUAAAGUACAUGUUAAUUUAGACUGUUAACAUUAACCAUAAGGUUAAAAGGGGUUAAGAUACUCAUUUUUCCGGAACUGUAUUGGCCAUCUAAAUGAUCUAACGUGCAUACGUUUACAUCUUGUUAGUGACACACACAGGUGUGCAUGCGUAUUAGUCUGAUUGGCUUAAAAGAGGGGGAUAUAAGUUUAUUUGCGCUACAUAAGUCAACACUCUGGAGUUCAGUGUUACAGUAGGUUGAAUUUAGCUUUAUUUUAAUGUGCUAGCUUUGAUGUGAAAAAAAAAACAUUGUCCCUUGUCGUUUUCAUUUUUCAUUGCAUCCUCCAGUAGGAAUAAAAAGGAUGUCACAAUUUAUGAGUCAUUGAAUAUCCUGAUAUGUGACCAUUGGAUAAUUAAUUUUAAUCGACCUGCACCAUUUUCAAAUGGCAUGCUUGCUUCAGUUGUUGUGCACCUCCCUAGUAUUUCUCAUUAUUACAGAGAAUGAAUGAGUAUUUACACACUUUGGAUCAUGAGUAUUGCUAGUUUUUACUGUUUUGAUUCCAACAAACAAACACACACAUUUGCAGGUAGAUGUUUGAGUGACUAGAUGAGAUGCAGUACAACACGGAGAGUAGACUUGCUUAUCAUUAACAUUAUAUAUGACCCAUGUUUGGGUGAAAUUGGUUACUUUUGUUGUAAUCUUCUCUCUUAUAUCUUACAGUAUUAUAUUUUUAGCUUUAUUUUCAGAUAAUAUAUCAUAGAGAUUUUUAUCCACGCAGAGCAUUUAUGAGCAAAACGCUUUGACAAUCUGACUCAAACACGGACAAAGGUGUUUUUUUGGUUUCAUAGUUCAACAACAGAUACAGUAUAACCUCUAAAAUAAAUGGGAUUUCUUUUGUUAACUUUUGAGCUAAAAAGGAAAUUGUGAAGCAUCUAUCAGAAAUGCAGAUGUUCCAAUUCAAACUGAAAUAUUUAUGAAUAAUAAUUAAUGAAUAAUUGUCUCAAGAAUCAUAUUCUAAGUAAAUGUUAUCCACCCUGAGGAUCAUGCUGCCAGAGUGCAGCAGUUGCCCUGCAAUGAGAUCAAUAUUUUAUUUUGGUAGACACUGACUCCGAAACCCAUACUAUUUUUCUGCUCAGUUAAUUCCCAAAAUGUACACCAACUUAAGCUAACAUGAUGCAUGAUUAUGUAGUUUGUCAUAUGUUGUAUGGUAUAAUCUAACAUUCAUGCAUAACAUGUAAUUGCCAACAAUUACUUUGCCGUGUGUUUUAAAAAGCAAAAUACUCACCUCCCUUCAAGCUUUUAUUCCACUUUGCAGACAAAGUAAAAAUCCCCCUGUAUAGUUGUACUGCAUUCCCAAAGAACUGUGGAGGGAAACUUGUUGAUUCAGCACCGAAGUCCAAAGGCUGGCAGUCCUUGUCAUGCUUUGGGAUCAGACCUGACAUCUACUGAUCAGCAGCUUCCAGCCUGGCUACAAGAUGUGUGGGCGAUAGAGGGUACCCUGUCUAAUUCCUCAAAUUCCAAAUAGCUUCAGGGUGUAUUUGGACAGUUAAUCUAGCAUCACUGUCAUAUAUAUAUAUGCCACUCUGCUGCGACUGGAAAUCGAUUGCUGUGUUUUGAAAUGAGAACAUGUUAUGUAAUAUGAUCCAGAAUGUUUAGUUUUCAGAAAACAUACAGCUUAUUUUAAUGUAGAAUGGGAUGUUGAUUCUGUUGGAAAAGUGCACCAGCACUUUGAAGAGUGUGCACAGUUUGAGUGGACAGCUUGUCCAACCCUCAUGUAAAAAGUUACAGAUGUGUACAACUUGUAAAUGAAAUAAUCAGCAUGUUAACGUUUUUUUUUUUUUUAUCAAUUUAAAAAGGCAAAGGCCAGUGAUGUUCUGUACUUGUAACAAUGGUGUCAUGUACUCAUAUUCAAGUGUUAACAAGUCCAAAGUGGGUUUUCAUCUCCUCAAAAUGAACUUGGGUAAAUGUAUAUGACAAAAAAAAUAUCUAUAUAUAUAUUAGAAACAUCUCCUUUUAUAAAGCUUUCAUCCUAAUCUAGGGGACUCACUUGACUGUGGGUCCUUGCAACAUAUUGAAUAACAAAGAAGGAGAUAUUGGAGCGAAGAUUGAUUUGAUAUUGUGAUUGGAGUGAUGAAAAAUGAUGCUUAGUAAAAAAACUGAGUCAUGAGUUUGGGUUGUGAUGGAGGCUGAAUUGCUCACGAGCAACAAGAUCUCUGUUACCAAAGAGGAGAACAGUUCACAAUGACGGCUACAGCAGCAGUUCUUUCAUCCAGGAUGUUAUUUCAUAAACACAGCCAUACUUCUGUUUGAUAUGCCACGCUACCCAUCCACUCUAGAUGUAUUUGUUUAUUCUAAUGUAUUUCAUUUCAAUGCGGUCCUGUCUGUUUGUUGAGCUGUCAAAAAUUCUGAUGAAUUAUAGUUUCUUUUCUUUCGUAUUGUGUGAGGCUUCUGUACUGGAACAUUGCAACAGUUUGUAUUAUAAUGACGAUAUCAGAAUAAUAUUUAAAUAAACCAUUUUCACAGAUGAAAUUCAAA